AUGGCGUAUCCGGAGAGGCACGGGUUAGCGAGUUUGAGGAUUGAAACAUCCUUUCGCGAGAACAGAUCAGGAUGGCCCGGUGAAGAGCAAGGGAGGGGGAAAUCGACAGAGAGUGGCGAUGGUAUCGAGAGCGAACGCACCAAAUCUCAUGACUACAAGGCGCACCGCCGUGAUACUAAUGAAGACCGCAGUUCCCUCGCCCUGAAGGCCGCCCGGCCGAUGACGCCGAAUACCCCCACAAGCCAGAUGAGAUUUCAGGCUCCCCCCCUUGACUCAUACCUGCAAGACUCGUACCUGCAAAAGCGUCGCCCCUCCAUUUCCUUCCACCCAACGGUCUCCCUGGACUCGGGUAUACAGCGCCCGCUAGAAGAGCCUCUCGUGAAAGGCGACGCCAAGAACCGCCCCCCGCAAAAGUUCGAGUCCCGGACCUCUGGUCUCCGGAACGCGCUUUCUCACGAUGAUGGCUCCGCCGACCCGCAAUCUGUCGCUUGGGGUUGCGAAUCCAAGCGGUCCCUCGAAGAGCGGGGUAUCCCGACCGGGGCUUCCCGUUCACGCCCUUCCGUUUCCUCGGAGGAUGGCUCGAUAACAACAAAUGAACUCGAUCAACCGACCUCUCUGACAUCGGUAUCAACGGCUUCCCCAGGCGAUGAAGUUCAUACACCGCCCGAUGGCAAAGAUGUGCUGCUAUCACCUCUCUAUAUCACUUCGCCCACCCAGUCGCUGACGUCCCCCGAGGACCGCAGCUCCUCCUGGUCUGGUGGUGUCAUGACGCCGUUUGGAAGUAAGCGCAGCUCUGGGCUUGACCGCAGCAGCAGUCUGCGAAACACCACGCGGCAUAGCUCCCGGCGGUCGACCCUUUCCAGCGGCAAAUCACCGGCGAGUAUGUUCUUGUCUAUGUGGUCCUCUGGCAAGGAAGAGCCAGCCACACAGCCAGACGACGAGGGCCAGAUGGUUGGAACCGAUUAUGUUCUAGGAAAACAAAUUGGCUUCGGUGGUUUCAGUGUUGUGAAAGAGGCUUAUAAGGUAGAAGAGUACGGCGAACCCAAACGUCUUGCUGUCAAGAUCGUGAAGAAGCAUGUGACUGGCCGCUCCGAGAAAGAGAACGAAGAUGUGCAAGCGGAAUUCGACCACGAGGUUCGGGUCUGGAGAUAUCUCAGCCAUCCCCACAUCCUAACGCUCGACGCCGUUUAUGAAACCGACUUCGCUACUUUCUGCUUCACCAAGCUCGCCAUCGGUGGUACAUUGUUCGACUUGGUUCGCCAGAAUCGACAAGGCAUCAAGACGUGUCUCGCGAAGAAAUAUGCUUACCAACUCGCAUGUGCCAUUCGUUAUCUCCACGAAGAUACCCGCGUGGUGCAUAGGGAUAUCAAGCUCGAGAAUUGCUUGCUCGAUCCUAUUGCGGACCAAGAUGGUAAUAUAUCUUCGACUUUGGUACUUUGUGAUUUCGGUAUGGCCGAAUGGAUGACAAUUGAUAACGGCGGGGACUCUCCCGAUCCUUACGAUGAGGUCGCUGAUCGACCCCCUCCCAAGCAGAUGGGCCCUGCUGGCUCGAGUACGAGUGUUGCUGGUAGCCUCGAGUAUGCUUCACCUGAGCUGCUUCAGUCGACUGGCGGUGUGAUCCACCCGUCAGUUGAUAUCUGGGCCUUUGGUGUCAUCGUUUUCACCAUGGUUGUUGGCUCUCGUCCCUUCCAAGACACAUUCACCCCUCGCAUCCAAGCCAAUAUACUUAACGGCACAUGGGAUCAAGAUGCCAUGCUCGGAGAGAUGAUCGAAGACAAUGUGCAUUAUGACCGCCGUGAUGCCCUUGAUCUGGUCAAAGGUUGCCUGGAGAUGGAUGUCAAUAAGCGAUGGACCAUUCGUGACAUUCUGGAAUGUCCCUGGCUGCGCGAAGUCGCUCAACCCUCCGAAGACAGCUCGUCCGACUCGGUUUGGCGGCUAUAA